AUGUCGCUAUAUAAAUUGAAGGGCCUAUGGCUCAAAUUGGACACUAUGCAUCUACCAGUCAUUGUGCUAUUUAGCGCGGCAUUUUAUGUACCGUGUCUCCCAUACAGUAUAAGCUACACGGACUGCGGUUCAGUCGAUAUCACUGUGAUAUCAGUAAGCAUUGAACCUUGCGACCGUGAACCUUGCACGCUCAUCAGGGGAACAACUGUUUCCGUCGUAAUCAGAUUCAUGGCGCUUGAAAGAAUAUAUGCUGGAGGAUCCACUAUCCAAGGUGUAUUUCCUGCUGGACCAAUACGGGUACCCUUGCAGGUUAACGGUGUUUGCGCCCAAUUGGUUCCACCAUGUCCCAUAGAAGUCGGGGAAGUGUACACCUACGAAGUCACAGACCGGGUGCCGGACACCCUUCCGCCGGGCUUACUGACGAUACGGUGGGAACUGCUGAAUGACAAUGGCACACCGUUUCUCUGCAUUGAGUUUCCCGUGGUGGUUGCAGUUGCCGCAAAGUGA